AGGUUCCUUGCGAACCCACCCAGGCGCUGGGUUCGCAAGGACGCUUGCUUGGGUUCGCAGUUCGCAAGGAACCCAAGCAUGCUGGGUUCGCAAGGACGUUUGCUUGGGUUCGCGUUCCUUGCGAACCCAGCGCCUGGGUUCGCAAGGAACCCAAGCGUGCUGGGUUCGCAAGGACGCUUGCCUGGGCUCGCAUUGAACCCAGCGCCUGGGUUCCUUGCGAACCCAGAUGAGGAAGGCAAGGUAAGGCAGUUGCUGGGUUCCUGUGUAGGUGCUGGGUUCGAUUUUUCAAUUCGAACCUACCAGCCGCUAGGUUUUUGCAGGUGCUGGGUUCGAAAUCGAACCCAGUAGGCGGUGGGUUUCAUUUCAAACCCAGCGGGUGCUAGGUUUGAGCAGCUGCUGGGUUCUUGCAAGUGAGGCUCUGGGUUUCGUUUCGAACCCAGUAGCCGUUAGGUCAAGUAUCUAUUGAGUUUAAUCUGUUGAUUUGUUGUGUUAUUCUCGAAUUUAAUAUUAAGAGUU